AUUUUUUUUAAAUCUCAAACAAAAAAUUUCUUCACAUAUUACCUCAAAUGACAUUUUAACUUUGACUAGACUUUGUUGUUGCUUUAAAUUACCCAUUGAUUUGUACUCAUUUUUCUUGGUUUCCUUUACUUUAAAACAUAUUUUACUCUUGACAUAACAAUUAUGUCAUUUUUUCCAGGCAAAGGUCAGUAUAUAAGCCGAAAAUCAGGAAUAACUAAACGUCGUGUCACUUGGACACGAGAAGGUGGUAAUGAAGGGGUUCAGCCCGACGAUAACGAACCGUGCCUUACGUGUAUAAAUCAGCGAAGGAUGGAAGCCGAAAGAGAAAACGCUAUACCAAUAGAGAUGGACGAAGAUGUAGUUCAUGCAGCUCCAAAUUCACCAGAAGCAGAUUCAUGCAGAAUUAUUAUUAAGCUUUCAAAUGAUGAAGACGAUAGCGAUGACGAUAGUGAUGACGAUAUUGACGAUGAUGAUGAUGAUGAAGUCGCCAUGGAUGAACAUGAUUAUGGUAGUGGCAAUGGUUGUGGCAAUGGUAGUGGAGCCGGUCAUGGUAAUGGCCAUCACUACAAUUAUGGCAAUGGUAGUGGAGUAGGUAAUGGAAGCCACAGCAACGGUAAUGGUGGAGAUGGUGGCAAUGCUGGUCCCAGUGCAAGUGGUACUGCUGGUGGUAGUGCUAGUGGUAGUGCUGGUGGUGCUAGUAGCAGCGCUGGCGAUAGUGGGCACGGUAGCAAUGUGACUAGACAGAGUGGAAGUGGUCGCAGUGAUCCAGAGCCAGAGCCAGUGGCUGGUCCAAGUUCAGGGUACAUACCAUGUACAAGUAUAGUGAAUUACGGAGCAAGCACGAGUGGUCUUGUUCCGUCAUCUUUUGAAGAUGAAGAAGAAGGAAAACGGCCGAAGAAAAAAGUGUGUGCCCCACCAAUGGAUCUUGAUGAUGAUGACGAUUUUGAUGAAGAUUCUGAUCCAAACAAUAACAACCUCCAACGUAUUCCUACACCCUUACUGUAUGGAGGUUACUAUUAUCCAGUUGAUGAUCCUUCAGGUAUUACUCAAGAUGAUUGGAAUGAAGCUGGCCCUUCUGGUGUAAAUGCUGGUGCUUCCACUUCCGCGGGUCCUUCAGGUGCCUAUCAAACAUCUGAUUCUUCCUUUUCUUCAUCUUGUUCCCAUCAUUCCUUGGUCGAUCGUUAUACUCAUAUGAAUAUUUCCGGCUGUGAAGAUCAAACGGACGAUGAAUGUGCUUUUAGUGAAAGCGGAGACGAUGCCGAUGAUUUAGAAGAUGACUGAAAUACAUAAAAAUAUAUAAUUAAGACGAAUUUAUUCUAAACUUAAUUGUGCAUUGAGUGUUCAGUAUUUUUUAUACUUACUUUCUUAAAAUUUCUUAACCAAUUCAUAAAAUUAUAAAAUGCGACGAUAUUUUUGAAUAAAUAUGAAACAUCAAUUUUUCAACAGA